AUAAGCUGCGUCGCGUCGCGUCGGCCUACAUCAAACGUAUUCGCAUAACCGUCUGGCGACGAGAGACGCGCUCUUAUUAUCAUAGCCGUGGCUCUUAUCUCGUCUCCGCGAUAAGGAUAACGCGCUUGACAUAAACGUCGAGAUCCUCGUGGGGUUGCGCGAAUUUUGAAUGUGGGUCCAAAAUACCUAUGUAAUAAGAGAAAAUAAACGACGCGGCGCAGACGCGAAGACCCCCCGAAGAACGCGAAUCGCGUGUAACGUACUCGAAUGUGCUCGCGCGUUUUCGUUCCACGGAGAAGAAGAGAUCGCGGAUUGAUGGUCCUCGCGUCGCGAGGUGCCUCCCGUUCGUGACUCAUCCCUGUCAUCGAGUUUCCAUCAGUCCGACCGUUAGGGAUCCGCCGACUUUCCCACCAACGGAGAGAUGUGAAUUCUCGACGUGUGAGUUUCGAGGGAGAGACGCCAUCCGUUUUAAACGAGGCCACGUGGACCACGUCGGGAGCCAGGAAAAAUAUGUGCCAGCAUGUCCGAGGGCGACGCGCAGGAAGCAGCCAGCGAGGAGAUCGAGAAACAGGGGUCCCUCUACGUGUUCCCGGGUGCGGGUCGCCCCAGCUGUACGACGUCGUCGUCAUCGUCGACAUCGACGGCGUCCCUUCAGCCGCUGUCGUCGCUCCUCCACGAUGGCGGCCACUCGACCACGAUCAGCACAACGAUGACGACCAGCAACACGACGACGAUGACGACCAGCACCACGACGACGAUGACGUCCACGUCGACGAAGAUCAGCAACGGCGACGAGGACGAGGACGCCGUAGAAGAAGUCACCUCGCCGGCCAGGAAGAGACCCUUACCGAAGACUCACGCGAGAUCGGCGAGCCAUGGAGGUGUCCUGGCGGAUUGCACGACCGGACGGCAGAUCUACGGGUCCUUCCUGGGUGCCCUGACGACGGUGGGAAGCGCCACGUCCGCGGGUCGACCGUCAGCGCUGAAGAAGCCGGGUCACCAGAGAGCCUUCAGCCAGGGUCAGGUGGCGGACGUGACGCAAGGCCAGUCGGCCGUAACGGGACACCAUCGCGUCGGUUCCAGAACGGACUUUAUCUUGCCUCCGGGCCACAGGGAAGAGGGCAGGCCGCCUACCGCCGGCAGGAUGCCUUCUUUUCGUGGCCAUUCUCGUCAGGCGUCCAGAUCGGAGUCUAUUUAUACGAUAAGACGUAGCGUUGCGCCCCCCUGGUGGAGAAGACUAUGGGCUCAUUGUUUCGGUCCAAUGCCGGAAGAGCCCCGCCUAAGGACAAUAGUACCGAAUCAUUUAAUCUCCCCGAAAACCCCGAAGAGACAGCAUCCUAAUGGAGAUAGGGCGGACAACAGGGUACGCACAACAAAGUACACGGCGUUGAGCUUUCUACCUCGUAACUUGCUGGAGCAGUUUCAUCGCGUGGCCAAUCUGUACUUCAUCUUCAUCGUCCUGCUGAAUUGGGUGCCGGCUAUAAAUGCCUUCGGCAAGGAAGUCGCUAUGAUCCCGGUCAUGUUCGUUCUGGGUGUUACGGCGCUUAAGGACUUCUUCGAAGAUCGCCGGCGUCUCGCCAGUGACCGGCGUGUGAACAAUUCCACCUGCCGCGUCUACGUUAGCGAAGGCGACAGAUACGUGAAGGUGGCGUGGAAGGAUGUCAAGGUGGGUGAUCUGGUUCACCUCUCGAACAACGAACUGGUACCGGCCGAUCUUUUGCUUCUGAGGAGCAGCGAUCCUCAGGGAUUAGCUUAUCUCGAUACAUGCAACCUCGACGGGGAGUCGAAUUUGAAGCAACGUCAGGUCGUCAGAGGUUUCCUCGAUCUGCAGGAUACCUUUCAGCCUGUCAAGUUUCAGUCAGUAGUCGAGGUCGAUCAGCCAAGUACUAGGAUAUAUAGGUUUCAUGGAGCUGUAGUGCAUCCGAACGGUGGCAGGGUGCCCGUGUCCACGGAAAAUCUUUUGCUCAGGGAAUGUGUUUUAAAGAACACUGACUUUGUCGAGGGUAUAGUCAUAUACGCCGGUCACGAGACUAAAGCGUUGCUGAACAACGGUGGACCCAGGUACAAGCGUUCCCGUCUGGAGAAGCAGAUGAAUAGGGACGUGAAAUGGUGCGGGAUACUGUUGGUCCUGUGCGUGAUCGGUGCGUUCGGCUGCCGAUUCUGGUUGUCCGCGUACACGGGCUUGACGGUGGUACCGUUUCUGCCGGUGCUGCAAGAACCGGUCUACGAGAGCAUCCUGACAUUCCUGACCUUCGUCAUAAUAUUUCAAGUGAUGAUACCGCUGAGCCUCUAUGUGACGAUCGAGAUGGCCAAGGUGGGACAGGUGUAUCACAUCGGCCACGAUCCGGCCCUCCACGACACGGAAACCGGCCGUAAGGCGGAGUGCCGCGCGCUGAAUAUCACGGAGGAACUAGGCCAAGUACAAUACGUUUUUUCCGACAAGACUGGCACCCUCACGGAGAACAAAAUGCUAUUCAGGAGAUGCGCGGUAGGCGGACAGGAUUACUCGCACAUGGGCGACAACGAGAAUCUGCUUCCGUGUCUACGGCUUAAAGAGGACCUACUUAUAAGUACAUUUCGACAUCGCUUACAGGAGUUUCUAAUUGUCUUGGCCACGUGCAACACGGUUGUCGUAAAUUCUCAAACGCAUCACGAUAUCAUGAACUCUAGUGGAGUAAUCGAGGAACCUCAAAAGAAUGGAACUGGUCUUAGAAGAAUAACAGAGCGGAUACCAAUUCAUUUCCGACCGCAAAUUCCCGCCGGUACCGAUAUCUCGAGCAACAGAAGUGUCCGCACUUUGUCUCCAGUGUCACCUGUAAUCAGCACGACGAAUACGUUCAACGAUACGCCAAAAAUUUCCCAAUUUGUUUCGCAGGCCAAAGUUGCUGUGAAUGUAACGUCGAUACCGAGCCUAGGCAUCGGUUUAUUGGGACGAAAACUUUCGCCGGACAAUCAGAAGAGACGUAGUCCAGACACGAAAAACAGCGACGAGUUGCUACAACAUCAAGCGAUCUACGAGGCAGAAAGUCCGGACGAGUUGGCAUUAGUACACGCGGCGCGCGCUUACGAUGUCAAGCUGGUGAAACGAACGCCUCGCAGUGCAAUCGUUUCCUUUCCGGACAAAUCGACACUCGCGUUCGAGAUACUUCACGUGCUGCCGUUCGCGAACAGGAAGUGCAUGUCGGUGUUACUUAGGCAUCCUCACGGAGAGAUAGUGUUAUACAGCAAGGCGCUGACACACGAUGUGUCAGCGUUGUUGCCGAGCGACGAGAACAAUGUCGCAUCGGCGAGUAUUCGACAGUACCUGCAGUCGUACGCGCGUCAAGGAUUGCGUACCCUGGUGAUGACGAGGAGAACAUUGACGUCGCAGGAGUACGAGAUGGAGGGGCGGGAGAAGCACGAAGAGCAGGCAGAACUGGCGACGGAGAAUCGCGAGCGUCGCAUACGCGAUUCGUACGCGAUGCUGGAGUCGCAGUUGAUCUUGCUAGGAGUGACUGGCAUCGAAGACAAGUUGCAAGUCGGCGUGCCUGAGACGAUGGCCGCUCUGGUUGCCGCCGGGAUCGUCGUAUGGGUUUUGACAGGUUCGUGGAAAGGCUCGUAUGCGGACGAGUGA